AUGACGACGACUGACCAGAACGACCUCAAGCUCGCUCGGUGCGGUCAGCGCAGGAUCAAGACCUUCCAGAUCUACCGCUGGGAUCCGGACCGCGCCGGCGACAAGCCUCGCAUGCAGACGUACGAGCUGGACCUGAACACCUGCGGCCCGAUGGUUCUGGACGCGCUCAUCAAGAUCAAGAACGAGACGGACGGCACGCUGACCUUCAGGCGCUCCUGCAGAGAGGGAAUCUGCGGGUCUUGUGCGAUGAAUAUCAACGGUGGAAACACGCUGGCGUGUCUGAACAAGAUCGACAGUGACACCAGCAGGGUGACCAAGAUCUACCCGCUGCCGCACAUGUAUGUGGUCAAGGACCUGGUGCCGGACAUGAGCAACUUCUACGCUCAGUACAAGUCCAUCCAGCCCUUCCUGAAGAAGAAGGACGAGUCCAGACAGGGACAGGAGCAGUACCUGCAGAGCGUGGAGGACCGCAGAAACUGGACGGUCUGUACGAGUGUAUCCUGUGCGCCUGCUGCAGCACCAGCUGUCCCAGCUACUGGUGGAGCGGAGACAAGUAUCUGGGUCCAGCCGUCCUCAUGCAGGUCAGCGACGGAGAACCGUCACACGAGAGGAAUAGUCAGAAACAAA